UUUAGACGAUGAUAAGGGAUCAGCUAAGCAACUGACACCUGGUCUGAAACUGUUGAAUGGAACUCCAAUUAUUCCAGGUUCUGCGUUGAAGGGAGUGCGGGAGCUUCAGAGAACUCCGCCGAAGUUUUCCACUCUCUCCACACCAAAAGCCACAAGGAGCAAGGAUCAUUUGAAACCAAAUCCUAUUUACAGAUCAGUAAAUAACGAGAACCAACAACCUGAGGAUGCGAAAGAUGGCGAUUUGUGGUAUGUCAACAUCAAGACGCCAGCCAUUCAGUUACCACAAUCUAAAAACAAUUUUGAACCCGUUGACUUUUCUAAGGUUGUUGAUGGUAUAAUCCCAAGUGGUCGAGCCUUGCCGAGAUCUCCCGUGCGAUUGUCAAAUGCUAACGAAAUCUUUGAUGGCUCUGUUCCAGAAGAUGUUCUAGAGGUGCGCGAUGUUGUCAUAGAACCUGGCUCAAAAAUACCCAGAACCCCUCUUCAUUGUGCUGGUCGUCCGAGCGCGGCAUGCGAUCUUGUUAUACAUUACUCCAAAAAUAUGGUCAAUGGUAGCGACAAUAAAAAAGAGAUCUUGAUCAAAAACAUAGUCAAUGGUAGCGACCAUAAAAAAGAGAUCACGAUAAAAAAGGUUGAGAAAAGGGACUCUCGUAAAAGAUCGCUGUCGUCUAAUAGUGCUAUGAUUAAAGGUGACAAUUCUCAUUUAGAACUCCCAACUGAUGAAAUCAACAUAUUUAAAGCCAGAACAAAACUGGCCAGAACACCAUUGAAACAAGAGUCUGUUCCAACUGCAAUGACCAUCUUGCAGGAACCUGAAAAAGUUCCAGAAUCAAGGAUCUCAAAUUCAAGUGGUGUAGCCGUUGAAGAAUGUAUAGUACAAGAUCAAACAGUGAGACAUUUGUCAGAUAUUACUGGCCAUGUUGAAUUAUCUAAUAAUGUGAACGAUGUCAGUAAUAUUAUGCCUUCAAACCAUAUCAAGACUUCGCCAACUACAAAAUCUCAAGAACAUGAAAACCGAAAGAAAACAAAAAAAGUUGCUCCUGUUAAAAUGAGUAGUAAUAACUAUGAUGAUGUGGCUGACCAAAUUGCAACUCAUGUAUCCAUGGCACUAACACAUGUAUCCAUGGCACCAACACAUAUAUCCAUGGCACCAACUCAUGUAUCCAUGACACCAACUCAAAAUUCUGAUCAUUUGCAGCAAAGACAACCCUCUAAUCUGGAAUCUGAUACAGAUGAGUCAUCAACACGGAAUAAUAAUAUUGACUCAAGUCCUGACAAAAAUAGUGAAAAUCAAUCAGUUAAACUUAGACCUCUUUCACCAGCCAUAAAAACUUUAAAACCACCAAUAAAUAUGAUUCCAAAAGGUAAACAACUAACAAGAACUCCCCCUAGUGGUAAAUACCCCAGACAGGAAGGAGAAGGUAAUUCAGUAGCUCCUAGUCUGAGCACAGUCAAUGAAAUUCCCCCAGAAGACCCUGACACAAUUUUUAUUGCCCAGCUUAGAAAAAGUGAUCCAAAGAAAAAAGCAGCUAAGAAAAAAACUUUUUUGAAGUCAAAUAAAUCCAAAAUAGUAGUUUUAAAAAAUAAACUGAAAAAGAACAAUUCGUCUUCAAAUGUUUGUGAAAAAGAAAAAAUUCCAGAACAAUCCAAUUUAAAAGCUGAGAAAGGGGAGACAUCUAUUCUGAGGACAAAAGUUCAGUCAGCUUUGUGUCUACCAAUUGCUAAAAUGAAGGAGAGAAAGUUGACAUACGUGGUCAAUGAAGCAAAGGAUGUCCUUAAAGAUUCUCAUCCUCAGCCUCACAUGCCAACUUCGAUAAAAAAUAACAAAACGGAAAACGUAAACAAUAAUUCUAGAAAGUUAACCUUUUGCGUGAAACCUCAGAUGUCUGAAGAUUCAGCUCAUGAGAGCGAUAACUCACUUCUCUGUCUUGAUGAACUUUGUGAUCAAUCUCUUAACCUGUGUGAUAGCCUAUUUGAGGAAGCAGUGGAAAGGAAGAAAUCUCUGAGUGGAUAUGCUAAAAAUUCAGCAUCGUCCUCUCCUAAUAAUAUCAAGGUCUCUUCUCAGGUUAUCAUGUCUCCGAAUACAUCUGAUGUAUUUGUUAGUGACAUUCCAGUUGCAAAGAUUUUAUUGGGAGAAACACCCAGUCAUAACAAAAUUCCAAAUGAAACUUUUGAGAUUGAACAAUCAGAUUCAGAAUCAGAUGAAAUGUAUGUUGAUGCUUCUGAAGAACUGCCGGUGGAUGAUAUACCCAUGGAUACUUCAACAUCAUCCAUAAAUAGAACAUUUGACGUUUCAAGUUCAAAAUCUAAUCCUGCAAACUCCACUUUUGACGUUGAAACCAAUGUUGUGAAUACUGCUCCAAAUAAUGCCACAUUUGAAAUAGAAAAGUCUUUCGAACAAGAAAAGCCUUUAAAUGAUACCUUUGACAUGGAUAUGAGCGAUGAAAAGGACCACAAAACCAUUCUCAAUUCUACCUAUGAUGAGAAUUCUAAACAUGGUCUCCCUGUACCUGACAUUCGGGUUGAACUCGAUUCACCAAAUAACACACUUGAAAAUACAGCAAGCACUGUCAUUGAGAACAUCACUCCUAACAAAACUGUGGAUGACAACGAUGAUGCCUCAAAGUCAUCUCCUGGUAUACCUGAAUCUCCUGCCCAUCCUAAAACUGUGGAUGACAAUGAUGAUGCCACAAAGUCAUCUCCUGGUAUACCUGAAUCUCCUGCCCAUCCUAAAGAAGAAUCGUCACCUAUCCAAGAGGUCUGUGCGUGUGCAGAGACAAGUGAUGAUCAGAUUAUCCCAGCACAACAACUGAAUGAUCAAUAUACAAAUAUGGCACCACAAAAUGCUUGUCAAGAUCCGAAACAGGUCCUACACAAGGUGUCUUCUUCUUCUGAGACAAGCAUUGAGGCAGAUAUCAUAACCAAAAAAAGAACAUACAGGAAGAGGAAGAAGAAAAUACCAGAAAUUUCCCCAGAAUCAAUAAAGGAAUCAGAGGAAAUUCGAAAGGAACCAAAGAAGACUGAAAAGCUGAGAAAGACCAGAACAAAGAAAGUUGUUGAUGAAGAUGCCCAGUAUGAAAAGUCAGGAUCAGAAUUAGAGGAAAUUGAAGAGGAACCUCCAUUAAAGAAAAAUGGAAAACAGAAAAAGGCCAGAGCAAAGAAAGAUGUUGAAGAAGAUGCCCCGCAUGAACAACCGGAAUCAACAUUAGAGGAAAUUGAAGAGGAACCAACAUUAAAGAAGACUGGAAGAAAAAAAAAGAACAGAGCGAAAAAAGAUGCCCUCCAACUUGAAGAAUCAGAAUUAGUAAAUGAAUUAGCAGAAAUUGAAGAGGAACCAAAGUCAAAGAAAAAUCAAAAACAGAAAAAGACCAGAAGAAAGGAAGAUGUUGAUAAAGAUCUUCAAUCUGGAAAUUCAGAAUCCCCAUUAGAGGAAGUAGAAGAAGAACCAUCAUUGAAGAAAAAGGAAAAACAGAAAAAUACCAGAGGGAAGAAAGUUGUUGAAUUAAUGGAAAUGGAAGAGGAACCAAAGUCAAAGAAUAAUCAAACACAGAAAAAGACCAGAACAAAGAAAGAUGUUGACGAAGAUCUCCAAUCUGAAAAUUCAGAAUCCACAUUAGAAGAAAUUGAAGAAGAACCAUCAUUGAAGAAAAUAUCUGAAGAAUCAGAAUUAAAAGAAAUGAAAAAGGAACCAAAUUCAAAGAAAAAUCAUAAACAGAAAAAGACCAAAACAAAGAAAGAUGUUGAUGAAGAUGUCCAAUAUGAAAAAUCAGAAUCAGCAUUAGAAGAAAUUGAAGAGGAACCAUCAUUAAAUAAAAAUGGAAAACAGAGAAAGACAAGAAACAAGAAAGAUGUUGAUGAAGAUCUCCAAUAUGAAAAAUCAGAAUCAGCAUUAGAAGAGAUUGAAGAGGAACCUACAUUGAAGAAAAAGGGGAAGCAGAAAAAGACCCCAAAAAAGAAAGUGGUUGAUGAAAAUCUCCAAUCUGAAAAAUCAGAAUCAGCAUUAGAAGAGAUUGAAGAGGAACCAUCAUUGAAGAAAAACGGAAAGCAAAAAAAGACCAGAAAAGAGAAAGUUGUUGAUGAAGAUAUCCAAUCUGAAACAUCAGAGCUAGGACUCGAAGAAAUUGAAGAGGACCCGAAUUUGAAGAAAAAUGGAAUACAGAAAAGGGCAAGAACCAAGAAAGUGGUUGAUGAAGAUGCACCAUCUGAAGAACCAUCACCAGAAGACAGUAAUGAUGAUGUGGCAAAUGUCCAAGAAUUAUCAGAAGAAUAUUCUAGAAGAAAGCGUCCACAAAGAAACAGAAGAAUUCCCAGUUACAAAGAAACUACCUCCCCUUCUGAUGAACCAAUAAAAAAAUCAGUUAUACCAAAAACUGAUAAAAAGACUUCAGAUGCUGAAGAAACAAAGGGUGGAAUUGAACCACAGGAACUUACAACAACAUUUGAAAAGGUACAAGAUGGGCAAGCUAUCCGUGAAACAGUAGAUAGAGAAGAAAUAAAUAGCCAUUUCACAGCUGAAAAUACAGCUCCAAUAGGACACACCAAAGAUAAAUUUGAUGAGAAAGAAACCGUUAUGGAUGAAACUGAAGCAGACAUCAAGGAAAAACCAGUUGUAACACGUCGAAAGCCUGCACCAAGAUCCAAACUCUUAUCAAUAAGAGCAAGCUUUGGUUUUGUCAAAGAUACAAUCUCAGAAACACAAAGUAAAACUGUUAAGACAGUGGAAAUCAUUAGCCAGAAACUGAAUAAUGGUACUGAGGAUACAUCGAAAACCAAGAAAAUAACAUCUGCAUCUGAAGAUGUUUCCGAUCUCACUGAUAAAAUGGAGAUUAUUGAAAUUAUGUCUUCAGAAAAGGAGACGAUACCCAAAGAAACCAAGAGUAGAAAGACCAAGGCAAAGGUUACAGAUAAGUCAGUUGAUUCUAAUGAAAUCAGUCUACCAGCAACUAGGACAAGAAGGCUCCCAGCAAGAUCAAAGAAAUUCAUUGGUAGUUAUGAUGAAGAAACUAUUCCUGCAAAAACCACCAUCAGUAAUGAAUCCAAGAGAAAAGGAAUACCUACCUACAUUUCUCCUGCAUCAGGAGCUCCCUCUAAAACAACGAAAAGUAUGACAAAGAGUGAUACCAAGAGAUCCUCACCAGAAGAGGAUACCACUAAUCUUCCCAAAGAAGGUACUGUAGAAGACAAACAAAUUAAAGAUAUACAGAAAUACCCAAAGGAAGAUGCUAUAUUUUCAGGACCUUGUACAAGACCAGUAAGAGGUAAAGGAAUACCAAGUUCUAGUAGCCUGGACUCAGAUGAAUCUAUAUCAAAGAAAAUUACAGCUGAAGAGCUAACUAAGAAUUUGGAAAAGAUUUUUAUCUGUGAGAAGAAAGUAAAUGAAAAAGUGUCAGGUCAUUCAGAUGAAGCUGUUAAAGAUAAAGAAAUGUCUAUAAAGAAUACUGCUGAAUUGGAAUAUAAUAAAACUGUUACACAAGAUCAGGUUUCUGGCAAAGUCGAUCUUUCAACGAAUGUACACAGCAAUUCUAAUGAUUCUUCCAUUGAUAAACCUUCAGGAUCCAAAAGUGAUGAAGAAAAUAAAAUUAAGAAUUCGUCAGAUACUACUAGUAAAACAAUGAGAAGACGCUCAGGUAUUCCGAUGAGUUUUGGCAUCAGAACUGCUUCCAAAAUCAUUCGAAAAGAUGUUCCUGAAAACUCUGAAACGGUAAUUGAGAAAUCGAAACCAGAACAUACAGAAGAUCCCAAAAUCAAUACAGAAAAGGCUCAAAAAGCUAGCGGACCAAAAGCUACAUCAAAACUUGAAGCUGUCAGAAAAUCUGUUGGUAUUCCCACCAUUAAACCAGUUUCUCUAAAUCCUACUUUAAAAAAUUCUAGAACAAGCUUAGCACGAACUUCAAGCACAUCAGCAAUAUUUAAUGAAGAAGCAAAUAAAGUUCCAGCAGCAUCUAAAACUAUAAAAGUAAGAGGAGUAAAACAAGGUAAAUUUGCUGGGAAGACCAUCAGUGCUUUUGGUGAAAAAUCUAGUCCAGGGUCUCUCAAGAUGUCAUCCACAACUGAUACAGAAGCUUUACAACAAAAGGGGACCAUCAGUUUGAGAAAAGGAUCUGCUAGUGCUAGCAACACUAGAAUGUUGUCAAAUGUUAAAGAGGCAGCUCCUCCCAAGACCAGAAAGCCAAGUGUCACAAAGAAAGACAACGUAAAAAGUAUUGAGAAAGCUGCAACAGGAGUUAAUGAGGAAAACAAUGCUAGACGUAAAAGAGUACCAGCUAAAAAAGGCAUAAGAAAUACCAGUAUCGCGUCACCAACAAUAUCUACAACCGCUGUUGUUAUUACUUCAGAAGAAUGUAAAGUUGGUAAUCCCAAACCCAGGAAACGUCAGAAGAAGGAAUUGAAAAUUACCAAAGAUGUUCCUGAUCAAAUUGAAUCAAAUAAUGAGAAUUUACGAAACUUGGAAUUGUCUGAAUCUUGUUUAACGUCAGUUUCUGUGGAGACCAAAGAAAUGGUUUCAAUGGAGGUAGACAAUAAAAAAGAUCAUCCUGUAAUUUCGAAGAGUAUUCCAGAUCAGGUAGAAUACAGAAAUCCAGAAAGUUUUAAUGAAGAUGAACCAACUAUAAAAAGUAAAACUGAUAAAAAAGCUAAAAGAUUAUCAUUUAUACCUGUAUGUAGAGGCUCUGUAUCAAGUUCUAGUACCACUACGAAAGAUCAACAACCUAAAAAGGCCAGAGAUGUACAAGAGGCAGUAGACGGCAUGGAUAAAUUGCAGAUAGCAUCACCGGUUAAAAAAACAACACGAAAACCCCGAACUAAAAAAGCUGAUAAAACAGAAAUCUCUGGUGAAUCAGGUUCAGCUGAGACAACCCCAGAUAAAGAGGACAUUAAGCCAAACAAAAGAGGAAGAAAGAAGAAACAAGUUGAUGGCCCUGAGUUGACAGAGGAACAGAUGGUUGACUGUGAAUCUGUGAAUGGUGACAAAGAUAACGUGAGUGAUAGUAAGGGUAGUAAGAAGCCAUCUUUACCUGAACAAAUAGAAGAGAUAGAACAACAAAUAGAACAAUUAAACCAAACAGAACUCUCUCCAAAAACACAUUUAAAAAUAUCACGAUUAGAAGUAAAACUAAUCAAACUUCAACAACAACAUAAAGUCACGGUGGAAAAAAAAACUGGAACCAGAACAUUACGAUCGCGUGUUUCUAAAACUAAUUUGUUAUAGUUGUAUCCCUAGUCGUGAACAUACCUUUGUAAUCUCUCUCUCUGGGGCUGACAACUCUCACCAGCUGCAAUUUAGGGUAUUUCUGAGGCUUUAGUCCAAGGAGUGACAUAGACUUCUGGUUCAAGACUCUACACAUGCAACAGCUAGGGUAAAUAAGUGAAGAAAUUAUAAUAAAACUGACAAUUCAUAUCAGCAUAAAAACACGUGAUAUAUAGGGACACCCUCUAAACAUACAACCAUCAGCACAGUUUUCCGCAGUGGCAAACAUGUGAUACAUAGGGAUCCCCUCAAAACGUACAACCGUCAACACAGUUUUCCGCAGUGGCAAACAGAAAAAUCAAAUAUUAAUUUCUUGAGAGAGAUUUAAUCAUACAUUUUGUUGUUUUCUAGAACAUGGGUAUUAUAGAAACUGCUCAUUACAUGUACAUGUAUUGUAGAACAUACUCAUUAUAUUGAAAUUUAUUUUCUAUUAUACAAAUAGUUAUUAGUCAUGUUAAAAAUGCUUAUAUUUUUAUCAUUGUACAGGAAUAUGCUCAGAUCAUAAUUAUUGGAUAAAAAUUCAUUUUUGAAGCUCAUUUUUGCUCUCUCCCUUCUUGUGUGUAUUGACUGAAAUCUGGUAGGGUUGUGUAUAUUAUUGGGAGGAUUGUCAGCUGAGAGAUGAAGGGAGGUAAUUUGGCCUUACUAUUAAUAAUCAAUCCACAAGUUCCGUCACUCUACAUCUAACCUCGGCUGUAUGACCGUAAGUGAUAUGUACACGUACCUAUGCCUAUAUAAUUGCGAUGCAGCACCGGUUUACUUAUCAGGGAAACUUGCCGCUUUUAAAAAGAAAUUAUCAAAAUAGUGUUGUUCGAAGCGUGUGUAGAAUUUUUAGUGCAAAGUUGUCCUUGUUUGAAGAAAAUUGGAAAAACAGCUGCAGUCUUUGAAAUAUUUGUAUGAUAAAACAUUCUUCAAAGGCGGAUGGCGGACUUCAUCAUACAGCCGAGGCUAGAUGUAGGGUACUAAAAUCUGCUGAGGUUUGCCAAGUGUGUUAAUAAUGUACAGCAGUUCCUAUUUUUGUGUAUUUGUGUGCAAUAUAAAACUAUUUAUUAUAACUGUUUUAUUAGUCAGUCAGAUGCUUUUCCUGAUAAUAAUAAAUAUUGCUACUGAUGGAUCAUCAAAUUACUUUAUACAGAGUUUCAUUUGAUUACUGUUAGCUACAUCGAGAAUCUUCAAAAUAAAUUCUAUGCAAAAUUUUUGUCACAUUUACCAACCCGUUGCUUAGAUAUUGUCCAAUAGUUGGUAAAGUCCACCGUAACGGUCAGUAUUUAAAUGGUUGAGGUGUUGACCUAUUACACUGUAAUGGUAGGUGUUUAAAAUUAUAUUGACCUAUUACUUUGUAAAGGUCAUCAUUUAAAUGAUAUCGACCUAUUACUCUAUGUAUGCCAGUGUUUUAAGGACUGAGAUGUUGACGUAUCACUUUGUGUAUGUCGAGAUGAAAUUCUGUGGUGAGUAAAGGUCUGGUGAUAACCAAGACCAACCUAUUGAUUGUAUACACCCUCGACCAUGUUAGUGUUUAAGAGAAACAUGGCGGGUGUUGACUAAUCAAUUCAAUAUCUAAGCCAUCGAAUGUUUGGGUGAGUUCAGUAUAGGCUUUUGUGACAAAAUUUGAAGCAACAUAUAUGGAUAAAACUACAACAAUAAAGCUGAAAUAAAUAUGUGAUAAAAUGAUAUCAAUAUGUCAUGUUACAUUGUAUAAUGCAUGUUUAUUCUCAUUAAUUUUGAAAUCAAUGUCAUGAAAAUGUAUAAUAGCUUAAAAGAUACACUGUCGGCAUGUAGGCCUACAGAUAUUCAAAUAACUUUAUAAUCAAUAUGCUUGAUGUGUUUAUUCUGAUAAUCAAUAUGCUAGAUGUGUUUAUUCUGAUAAUGUGAUAAUCAAUAUGUGAUAUUAAAAUGAUUAUAACAAGCUUAUAUUCUGAUCAAUUUUGAAUCAAUAUGUGAUAAAAUAUCUUUAUUCUGAUAAAUUUAAAAUAAGUUUGUGAUUAAAUGCGUUUAUUCUCCUGGAUAGGACACUGUAUGGCUUAUUCUCAUCUUGGAGUAGGACAUUAAACCUCAUUUUAUUUCUAGUUAGAGAGCCAGCAUCCUACUCACUGAUCCAUCUCAGCUCCCCUAUCAAAAUGUGAUAAAAUGUGUUUAUUUUGAUAUCUUUACAAUUAAUAAUAUGUGAUAAUAUUUUGGCAUGUUGGAUCUUCAUGUUUGCAUGACUUUACUUGUAUAUUUCUCACCAAGAUCUUAAAAUCUGUAUUUGAAGUUUACUUUGGAAUAUUGGGGAUUUAAUAUAUAGAAUUGAUUGCAUUGUGUGUAAUAUUUUAAAAUAUUUUAUCAUGCUCUUUAAAUUUGUAUUUGAACUCUAUAUUCUGGAAUGUUAGGACUUGUUGACUUUAUGUGUGUAAUAUUUAAAUAAUUACAAAUACAAGUAUUUAUUCAAGCUGUUAAAAUCUGUAUGUAAACUCUAUAUUCUAUCAUGCUCUUUAAAUUUGUAUUUGAACUCUAUAUUCUGGAAUGUUAGGACUUGUUGACUUUAUGUGUGUAAUAUUUAAAUAAUUACAAAUACAAGUAUUUAUUCAAGCUGUUAAAAUCUGUAUGUAAACUCUAUAUUCUGGAAUGUGGGGCUUUAAUGUUUCAAAUAUGUUGGUGUCGUGUGUCGUAUUUUAGAGUACCAUUUUUCAAAUACCAGCAUUUACUCAAUCUCUUUAAAUUUGUAUUUGAACUCUAUAUUCUGGUACUUGGGAGAUUUAAUGUUUAAAAUUGUUGGUUUUAUGUGUUAUAUUCUAAGGUAUUUCAAAUACCAGCAUUAUUACUCAUGCUCUUAAAAUCUGCAUUUGAACUCUAUACUCUGGCAUAUGGGGCCUUUAAUGUUUAAAAUUGUUGGCAUUGUGUGUGUAAUAUUUGAAAAUAUUUCAAAUAACAACAUUUACUCUAUAUUCUGACAUGUGAAGCAUUUAAUGUUUAAUAUUGUUGGCGUUAUGUGUAGUAUUUUAUUUUAUUAGUAAAUAUUUCAUAUAGCAUUUACUUUUUGUUUCUCAUUGAGCUGUUAAAAUUUGUAUAUAAACUCUAUAUUCUGGCAUGUGGGGGCUUUAAUGUUUAAAAUAUGUUGGCAUUAUAAGCAGUAAAAUAUUUAUCUUCACAGACAUUAAUUAUGUAAUAUAACCACAUGUGUAUAUUUAUUUCAUACA